CCCCCCCCCCGCGCCGCCUGCUCUCGGUGGUUCGAUCUGUUAGAUGUUGAGGUGAUAGCGGUGUCGGAUUCGGAGAGUUCUUGGUCGGGCAGGUGGGAACUCUUCUGCUGCAGCCGUAAAGUCAAUCAAGAAAGACAUAGCUGGGAAUGCUGAAAGAUGUGCCUGGGUAGUGAGGCCAUAUUUUUGGAGUUAAAUGGACCUGUAGCUCCAGCUGAGAAAAAACAGCAUUUCAGUAUUAAGUAUUUCUUUGGAGGUAAGCUCCCAGAGAGACAAACCCAGGGCAGACAGAGGGGAUCUGCAAAAACAAUUUCACAAGGUGACCUUGGUGGAGACGGUUGAAGUCUUUUGCUCCCCUUUCUAGACUCGUACCUUGUGAAAAUCGAGAGAGCAUAGCGUUAGUUUGUUUCGCAGGUUACAUAGGCAAACAUGGAGAGCAGAGGGAUUGUUGUGAUGCAAAAGUAUGAAUUAGGAAGGUUACUAGGGAAAGGAACUUUUGCAAAGGUUUAUUAUGCUAGGAAUAUCAGAAAUGGCCAAAGUGUUGCUAUAAAAAUGAUUGACAAGGAGAAAGUAAUCAAGGUUGGUCUCAUGGAGCAGGUGAAACGUGAAAUAUCCGUGAUGAGAUUGGUUAGACAUCCAAAUGUAGUGCGGCUCUUCGAGGUCAUGGCGAGUAGGACCAAGAUUUACUUUGUCAUGGAGUACAUAAAAGGUGGUGAGCUAUUCAACAAGGUCACGAAAGGAAAAGUGCCAGAGGAUGAAGCUAGAAAAUACUUUCAACAGCUGAUUGGCGCUGUCGACUACUGCCACAGCAGAGGUGUUUACCACCGUGAUCUGAAACCUGAGAACCUUCUGUUGGAUGAAAAUGACAAUUUAAAGGUAUCAGAUUUUGGUCUAAGUGCCCUCGUUGACUCCAAAAGGCAAGACACCAUACUGCACACUACUUGUGGAACUCCAGCUUAUGUUGCUCCUGAGGUGAUAAGCCGAAUUGGAUAUGAUGGUGCAAAAGCUGAUAUCUGGUCCUGCGGGGUGAUUCUUUUUGUGCUUAUGGCUGGUUACUACCCUUUUCAUGAUUCAAAUCUGAUGGAGAUGUACAAGAAGGUCGUAAAAGGUGAAUUUAAAUGCCCCAGUUGGUUCUCUUCCGGCACUAAAAAGUUCAUCUCAAAGAUGCUAGACCCAGAUCCAAGUAACAGGAUUUCCAUUGCAAAAAUCAGGGAAAACAAAUGGUUCAAGAAAGGGCUUGAUGACAAGAAAGUAAAAAUCGAAGAAGAACCAAAAGAAAAUGUCCCUUUGGAUGCAGCUGAAGUUUUCAACUCCUCAGCAAGCAGCACUGCUGAGGAAAGGCAAGAUUCAACGAAGAUCACGAACUUGAAUGCUUUUGAUAUCAUUUCUCUUUCAGCAGGAUUUGAUCUCUCGGGUCUAUUUGCGGACAGCAGCCAAAAGAAAGAAACUUGGUUCACUUCUAUGAAGUCUGCAUCAGUCAUUAUUUCCAAGCUAGAAGAUAUGGCCAAACAUCUGAAGUUAAAAGUGAAGAAGAAAGAUGAUGGGGUUCUAAAAUUGGAGGCUCUAGGAGAGGGGAAGAAUGGUCUCCUAGCCAUUGAUGCUGAGAUCUUUGAGGUCUCCCCGUUGUUCUAUUUGGUGGAACUGAAAAAGUUAAAUGGCGAUAACCUGGAAUAUCAGAAGCUGUUGAACGAAGGCAUCAGGCCAACUCUUGUUGACAUUGUUUGGGCAUGGCAGGGCGAUCAGCAGUACCAUCAGGAGUAGCAAUCUUGAAACUCUAAGACAGGCUCGAUAAUUAGGUUGGAGAUUCAGCAAGUUAAGUUUGCAUCAAUUGUUGUGUUGUUUUCUCUUUUGAGCUACUUUGUUAAUUAUCGUGGAUCGAUUGGUGCUUUUACAAACGUAAGACGGUAAUGCAGUCUUUGUGAACUGCCAGUUUUUGGCUUACAAGUUUUGUAAUUGAGUGAUGCUUUCUACUAUCUAGAAGAGAUUAAAUU